ACUGUAGCCCCUCCUCCUGCACCAGCCGGCUCUAGUCCAGCCCCCGUUGCCCCGGUAACCCCAAGGAAAGGGCGUGUCUUCGCCAGCCCGCUCGCCAAGAAGCUCGCUGCCGAGAAGGGCAUUGACCUGGCCCAGGUCAACGGUGAGUGUACACACACACACACACACACACACACACACACACACACACACACACACACACACACACACACACACACACACACACACACACACCUUCCUCUCUCUGAUGCAUGUUCUGUUUGUGUGUGUGUGUACAUUACAGGCUCCGGUCCUGAUGGCAGAGUCACCAAGAAAGACAUUGAGACCUUCGUCCCCCCCAAGGCUGCUCCUACCGUAAGUCACCACACACUCUCACUCACUCUAUCACUCACACACUCUCACUCACUCUCUCACUCACUCUCUCACUCACACUCACUCACUCACUCACUCUCACUCACUCACUCACACACUCUCACUCACUCACUCACUCACUCACUCACUCUCACUCACUCACUCACUCACUCACUCUCUCACUCCUCUCCACUCUCCUUCACUCACACACACACUCCUCCUCCCUCACUCACUCACGCACUCACUCACUCACUCACCACGCACUCACUCUAUCACACUCUCUCACUCACUCACUCUCACUCACUCACUCUCACUCACACACACACUCUCACUCACUCACUCACUCACACACUUUACUGCGUUUGUUUUUUAAUGUGUUUUGUUUUUUCUACAUACCAGUGAUUCAUAUUUAGUAUAAAACCUUUUCUGUCGACACAAAUCUGAUGCAAUGUUCAGUCAAGACUGGAUUGGUUUUCUGAUGCAAUGUUUCAGUCCAAGACUGUGGAUUUGGUUUCUGAUUGGCAAUGUUCAGUCAAGACUGGAUUGGUUUUUCUGAUGCAAAGUUUUCAAUCAAGACGGAUUGGUUUUCGGUGCAAAUGUUCAGUCAAGACUGGAUUGGUUUUUCUGAUGCAGUGUCGUCAAGACUUGGAUUGGUUUCGAUGCCAGUGUUCCAGUCAAGACUGGAUUGGUUUUCUGAUGCAAUGUUCAGUCAAGACUGGAUUGGUUUUCUGAUGCAAUGUUCAGUCAAGACUGGAUUGGUUUUCUGAUGCAAUGUUCAGUCAAGACUGGAUUGGUUUUCUGAUGCAGUGUUCAGUCAAGACUGGAUUGGUUUUCUGAUGCAGUGUUCAGUCAAGACUGGAUUGGUUUUCUGAUGCAAUGUUCAGUCAAGACUGGAUUGGUUUUCUGAUGGUGUGUAGGCUCCUGUUGCUGCAGCUCCACCUUCCACGGCUGGCCCCGCCCCUACACCUGCCCCGGCUGUUGCCACGCCAACAGGCACCUUCACCGACGUCCCUAUCAGCAACAUCCGCAGGGUAACGCUCUCACACACACUAGUCCUGAGUGAUUAACCGAUGUCGGUUCAAUUACUUGAAUUCCAUUUACAUUUUUUGUGAGCCCAACGUGCCGUUUCUCUAGAGAGAAAUCAAAUAAUUCACUAGAGAAAUGAAGUCAAGAACUAUGUGGGAUGCUGGGCCGAAGGGCUGUAGUUUUCAUUAAGCAGAUAUUCAACCUAGUUCAGCGCAGAAACAUGUUAAUUAACUACAAUGACCAUAAUCCAUUGCGCCUGUUCCACUUGGACAGAGAUGGAUACACUUUUUAUACCAUUACGUACCACUACGCCUGCUAUGUUAGGUUAGAUGCACACAGACCACAUGACGGAGGAAUGUAGCCUACACAGCUAUUCAGAGGGAUGGAGUUUGUGUCAGUAUGCCUUAUCUACUUUGAAGAAGACUAGUCAAAUGAUUUGGGCAGACAGCUCUGCAGCAUACUUAGGCAGGCUAGCUAAACAGGAGGACUGAAGACAGGACAGUAUGGGGAGAACAGAGAUAACGUUAGAUAGUUGUUUGACUGCUACUGCCUGAGCAGAGCUGAAAUGAUGACUUUAAGGAAUUAACUAUAAUAAAGUAAUCAAAUAAAGACUACGUAAUAUACACAACUGAAAUAUUGGCUUUGGAAUUUUCAUUCAAAUGCACAAAAAUCUUUGUCAUAAUACAUUUAAUGUUUUAAAAAUAAUUGUGAUUUCGAACUGAACCGGUACCCCAAAAGCAACCAGUCGCUCAGCACUAGCACACACCAGUUAACUAAAUAUCUCAAAGAUCUCUUCACCAGGAUGUUAAACAUUUUAAUGUGUGUAUGUCCUGGUGAUAUUGUUAUUGUUGUUCCCUAUGUGAUAUUGUUAUUGUGUUUCUAGUGGAGGGCUCGACCCUUGUGGAGAGGACUCAGACUCUAGUGGAGAGGACUCAGACUCCUUAGUGGAGAGACCAGACCUUGUGGAGAGGUCAGACUCUUAGUGGAGAGGACAUCCUUAGUGGGAGAGGACGGGGCUUAGGGAGAGGAUCUAGGGAGGACUCAGUGAGGGAUCGACUCCUAGUGGAGAGGACUCAGACUCCUUAGUGGAGAGGACUCAGACUCCUUAGUGGAGAGGACUCAGACUCCUUAGUAAUAAUAAAACCCUGUGAUGCAACACCAGGAAUGUAGCUGCUUUCAUUGAUUACAACGAGACCAAUUCUCCCGCCUCUCCAGUGUCAAAUAAAACAAUUUCCCAAAUUGGGAUUACCAAAGUAUACUCUACUCUACUCUCCUUCAUAGGAGGUAAAGGCCAGAACAUCAAGCUGAGUGUGAAUGAUUUCAUCAUUAAAGCCAGCGCUCUGGGCUGCCUCAAGGUCCAGGAAGCCAAACUCCAAUGGCUCGACUCUGUCAUCGACAGUAAGUACAUACUCUGCCUCUCUCUCUCUCUCUUUAUGCCUAUCUCUCUCUCUCUCUCUCGUAUCUCUCUCAUAGUCUCUGUCUUUCUCUCUGUCUUGUCUCUGUAUCUACUGUUUGCUUAUCUACUCUCUUCUCUGUAUCUUCUCUCUCUUGUUCUAUCUCUCUCAUGUAUAUCUAUAUCUUGUCUCUCCUAAUCAUAGUUGCUCUCUUAUCGCUCUCUUAUCUAUCUCAUCUCUAUCUCUUCUCUCUAUUUGUUCAUGUUUGUCUCUCUUGUCUUCUCUUCUCUAUCUCUUGCUGUUCCUUAUCUCUCUCUCUGGUCUCGGUUCUCUGUCUCUCUGUCUCUCUCUCUUGUCUCUCUCUCUUCUCUGCUUCUUGUUUCCUUCUCUCUCGCUGGUCUCUCUCUUCUCUGCUGUUCAUUCUCUCUCUCUUCUCUCUCGUCUCUCUCUCUCUAUCUCUCUCUUGUUCUUCUCUCUCUUCCUCUUCUCUCUCCUCUCUCUCUCUCUCUCUCUCUCUCUAUCCUCUGUUUCCUUUCACUCUCUCUCUCUCUCUAGGGCCAGAUAGCACUACAUUUUACUUUGUGCUUGUGUUUCCCAAUAGGUAAUGGAGUUUUGUUUUGACUGUGUUGUAAUUUGGUUUAUUCUGAUUGAUUGGAUGUUCUGGUCCUGAGGCUUCAGUAUGUUAAUAGAACAGGUUUGUGAACUCAGCCCCAGGACCAGCUGGAUGAGGGGACUCUUUUCUCUGCUCAGCUCUUGGCAUUGCAGGGCUUGGUAAUGAUAUGAGAGGGGGUCACUGGAUUUUAGAUGUUUCCAAAACUUAAUUUGCUAUUCUUUGAGUUUUUAUUAUUAGUGGAUAUUGGCCUAAUUCUGCCCUGCAUGCAUUGUUUGUGGUUUUCCGCUGGACAUGAAGGAGAAUCUACCAGAACUCUGCAUGUAGGGUUUCAAUGGGGUGUGUUAUGAUGAGUUUCUCAAGUAUCAAGUAAUUCAUGAUGCAAUAAGAUAUAUAACACUUAGCUGGGGAGUUAAUUUAAUAUUUAAUAGGUACCAUGGUUCGAUAUAACAGAAGGACAGGGCUCUGGUUCGAUAUAACAGAAGGACAGGGCUCUGGUUCGAUAUAACAGAAGGACAGGGCUCUGGUUCGAUAUAACAGAAGGACAGGGCUCUGGUUCGAUAUAACAGACAGACAGGGCUCUGCCUCUUGCUAUUCUGAACUACUGAACAAAGAACAUAUCUCACUUAUAUACCCUCUGUUACACGUUUCUUCAACCACAUCUGUUAACCGUCAGUGGGCGCUCUCUUCUCUGAUGUUAUUCCCUUUUCCCCCCAAGUCAGUAUAUCAUAUCCAUCAAUCACUCUACCAUAAACAUGGGGUAUUGUGUGUAGUUUGAUGAGCAAAAAAAACCUAUGUGAUCCAUUUUAGAAUAAGACUGUAACAAAAUGUGGAAAAAGUCAAUGGUUCUGAAUACUUUCCCAAUGCUCUGUUUGUGUGGGGUACAGAGAUGGAGUAGUUAAUCAAAAGUCACGUUAACCAUAAUUAUUGAACACAGAAUGAGUCCAUGCAGCUUAUGUGGUUUGUUAAGGACAUUUACUCCUGAACUUAUUUAGGCCAUUAAGUUGAAUACGUUGAAUGACUCAAGACAUUUCAGCUUGUUCUCCAAACAUAACAUCCACUGUGACAUUAUGGGGUGUUGACACAACAUCUACAUUUAAUCAAGUUUAAAUGUGGGUUGUAACCAGAGCAUAUGAUUCUCACCGCUCCGCUCCACUCCGCUCCACACCGCUCUGGUGUGUAACACAAAAAGAAAUGGGAAAAGGUGGAAGGGGGGGAAGACUUGGCUGAAAGCGCUGGACACACACCACCACAAACAACACACACCACCCAAAACACCACACACCACCCAAAAAACACACACACACCCAAAAACAGACACACCACCCAAACACACACAACAACCACCCAAAACACACACACACCCAAAACACACACACCACCCAAAAACAACACACACACCCCCAAAAACACACACCACCCAAAACACACACACCACCCAAAAACACACACCACCCAAAACACACACACCACCCAAAAAACACACACCACCCAAAACACACACACCACCCAAAACACACACACCACCAAAAACACACACACCACCCAAAACACACACACCACCCAAAAACACACACACCACCCAAAACACACACACCACCCAAAAACACACACACCACCCAAAACACACCACCCACACACCACAACCCAAAACACACACACCACCCAAAACACACACACCACCCAAAACACACCACACCACCCAAAAACACAACACCACCCAAAACACACACACCACCCAAAAACACAACACCACCCAAAAACACAACACACCACCCAAAAACACACACACCACCCAAAACCACACACCACCACAAAAACACAACACACACCAAAACACAUAUUUUUGAAUAUGUCAGGUUUAAUGUGGUGUGUGUGUGUGUGUGUGUGUGUGUGUGUGUGUGUGUGUCUCUGUGUGUGUGUGUGUCUCUGUGUGUGUGUGUGUCUCUGUGUGUGUGUGUGUGGUGGUGUGUGUGUGUGUGUGUGUGUGUGUGUGUGUUGGUGUGUAGGAACCAUGUGGUGGAUGUGAGUGUGGCGGUGAGUACAGCCAAUGGUCUGAUAACUCCCAUCGUGUUCAACGCCCACACCAAAGGACUGGCUGCUAUCAGCUCUGAUGUCACAGCCCUGGCUGCCAAGGCCCGCGACGGGAAACUACAGCCACACGAGUUCCAGGUAACUACCGACUACACACUAAAACACACAAUGAUUACACACACACACACACACACAAAUGUGUUAAACACUUCUGCAACAUUAGUUGGUCCCACAGGUUCCAGGAGUUGAAUCCUCUGUGUGUUUCAGGGAGGCACGUUUACCAUCUCUAACCUGGGAAUGUUUGGCGUCAAGAACUUCUCAGCGAUCAUCAACCCUCCCCAGGCCUGUAUACUGGCAGUAGGAGGCUCAGAGAAGAGACGGCUGCCUGCUGACAAUGAGAAAGGGUAAAUACACUACCACUAUACGAUACACGACUAUAACUAACGAGACGACCACAGACGAUACGACUACUAACUACACUAGACGAACACUACUAUAACUACACGAUACGAUACACUAAUAUAACUGGACAUAAUAGACGAACGACGAUAACGAACACGAGACUAGAUGACUACGAUAACGAUACUAUAACACAGUAUACUACUACGAGACGAACUAGACUAUACGAUAAUCGAAUAAACGACACGUACUAUACUACGAAUAAAAACUACACUAUACUAUACUACUACUAUAACGCACUAUACUAUACUACUACUAUAACUACACGAUACUAGUAGACUACUAUAACACACUAGACUAUACUACUAAAUAACUACACUAUAACUAGACUACACUAGAACGGCCCACUAUACAUACUACUAAGAAACGACACGAGACUAUACUGACUACUAUAACUGCACGUAUACUAUACUACUACUAGAACUGACACGAUGACUAUACUACUGAUAAACGACACUAACUAGUACGACGAAUAUAACGACACACGAAUCUGACUACUACGAGAAAUGCACUAACUAUACUACGACAAACUAACCACUAUACUAGACUAUACUACUACUAUAACUACAGACUAUUAUACUACUACUAUAACUACACUAUAAUACUAUAACUACACUAUACUAUACUAUACUACUACUAUAGGUUGAUUCUACUUUGUUCUGUAAUUUACUGUGUGUGUGUGUGUGUGUGUGUGUGUGUAGGUUUGACGUGGCCAGCAUGAUGUCGGUGACGUUGAGUUGUGACCAUCGCGUGGUGGACGGAGCGGUCGGAGCUCAGUGGCUCGCAGAGUUCAGGAAGUUCCUGGAGAAGCCUGUCACCAUGCUGCUCUGA